AUGAAGGAGUACUUCGGCAUGGAGCACGUCGCCUACGAGGACAUGUCGCCGGUCAUCGUCCCGCGAAACUACACGAAGCAGUACGUCGACGGCGGCGGAAGUUUGCUGGCGGAGCAGAAGGCGAAGAUCCUCGCGGCGACGGCGCGCGUCGAGGCGUCGUCGGAGGCCACGGUUCUCGAGGGCACGGGCCACGUCGGCGUCGGGUCGAUCAUCGGCGCGUCGAACGCGGAUGUGGCGGCGUGGGUCGGCGCGGACGUCGUGCUCGUCGCCAACGGCGGCAUCGGGUCCGCCUUCGACGAGCUGGAGAUGAACCGCAUCAUGCUCAAGGACAAGGGCGUGCGCGUCCGCGGCGUCAUCCUGAACAAGGUCCGGCCCGACAAGGUCGACAUGAUCCGCGACGGCCCGCGCCGAACCUCUCGAGCUCGGUCGCAUCGAAGUCGUUUCGGCCGAUUUUUGGACGGAUCGUGUUCUCUCGGCGGGUUCUUUUGA